AUGUCUGACGUGAUGACCACAAACCAAGCUAACAUGCGCCUUGAGGCCGAAAACAAACUUGUAACGCCCUUGCGCAUUAAACAAUCAGAAAGGAGCACACACAGGAGUCGAUCAAGACAGAGACACGCCCCGCUCCCAACACGGGGCCGUAAAAGUUCAUCUUUAAAUGCAAAAUAUGGAGGGACAGAACCGUAUUAUGACAAAAAGAGGAGGAGCCGAUCCUUAGCCCCAUCACGCACGAAAUUGCCGCGAUAUUCGAAAGGCUACCACGCCCUGCUCGCGAUGGUCAAAGAUCUGAAAGACAUGAAGGAGAAGAAGCUGUCAGAACCCAGGUACGAGAUGCCAUCUGAGUCCGCCAAGUUGGCGGCUAGAGUUGAGGCGAAACGGAAGAGAGAAAAGCAAAGGAGAAGUCGAAGUUAUAGCAGAGGUAGAGGCAUUUAUUUUGAAGAAAAUGGUGAACAAAUACCCUACUACCGAUCAAGAUCCGUAGAACAGGGCAAACGAAACAGCACAACGUAUCGACCAGUGACGAACGAGGAUGACAUCAUCAAUAUUACGUAUACAGGUCGUGCAUCGCGCCCAACUUCAAGGGAAUCCUCUUACUCACGUUCUAGCAGACGUCGAAGAAAUUCGUUAGUACAGAAGAAAGUGGAAUCCGUUCGUCCGUCCGAUCGAACUUCGUACGAUUUUGGCGAUUUACAAGCUCGGAUUUAUCAAGAAAUUCAGAACACUUACGGCGCGCCGGAUAGUGACGCUAAGCAUAAACAGUUUUUCCUCACUCUCGCAGUCAUGCAAAAGGAACACAAUAAUUUGAAACGUCUUAAAUUGAGUAGCAGUGACAAGGCGCUGUUACAAAAGUCCUUCGACGAAAUGAAGACUUUGAAAAAAGAGACAAAUAGUAUUUUAGUAGAGUCGAAAAAGCGAACGUCGCCACAGAGUAGACCCUUAAGUAUUAAUUCUAAACUACAGUCUCUUAUGAAGAAAACACCGAAGGAGGACUAUUAUUUGCGAAGGGAGCGGUCGAAAGAAAGGUUGAGGCUGAAACCGCUGCGUAAUCAGAACUCAGUAUUGAAAAACGACUUUUAUGAUCGUCAAAGAUUGAAGGGCGAUUGGCGAUACAACGUUCAUCUUGAGCAGAGACAACGGCAAACAACAGAAUCCCAAAGGUUUCCGGUCCGUCAAGUAACAAAAGACUUCGGAAAGUCUCCAAUCUCGAGCGCCUUCGCGAACACAGAAAGUGGGGGAUCGGCGUAUAAACACCGGAACCUACACAAACCUCAUCAGUCCCAAGGCGUUCCCGUACAGUACAGGUAUCGGGACGCGAAGGAAUCGCUGCUCUACUCACACAGAUCCCGACCGCCGCCAUUGGUGAAUGAUUUGUCCCACAAACGUAGUGAGGGUGUCAUAAGUUACGAUGUCGCCUAUAGGCACAGAAUGCAUGGAUUCGCCAAGUGA